GUCGCUGCCGGGGCCGCUGCUGACAACAAGAUGGCGGCGGCGGCGGGUCCGGCGGGCGCUGAGAGUCGCGUGUUGGGCUACAGCCUGCACCGCUGGAGCAGCUUCUCCUCCACCUACCUGCCCGAGAAUAUCUUGGUGGAUAGACCAAAUGAUCAGUCCUCAAGAUGGUCUUCAGAAAGCAAUUAUCCUCCCCAGUAUUUGAUUCUGAAGCUUGAAAGACCUGCCAUAGUCCAGAGCAUCACAUUUGGCAAAUAUGAAAAAACACAUGUCUGCAAUUUAAAGAAGUUUAAAGUCUUUGGUGGGAUGAAUGAGGAGAAUAUGACAGACCUCUUAUCCAGUGGCUUAAAGAAUGAUUAUAACAAAGAAACAUUCACCUUGAAGCAUAAAAUUGAUGAACAGAUGUUCCCCUGUCGAUUCAUUAAGAUAGUUCCACUCUUAUCGUGGGGACCUAGCUUCAAUUUUAGUAUCUGGUAUGUUGAACUAAAUGGCAUUGAUGAUCCAGAUGUGGUCCAGCCGUGCCUCAACUGGUACAGCAAGUACCGUGAACAGGAAGCCAUUCGCCUUUGCCUAAAGCAUUUUCGGCAGCACAACUACACCGAGGCUUUCGAGUCGCUGCAGAAGAAAACCAAGAUUGCUCUGGAGCACCCCAUGCUGACAGACCUGCACGACAAACUGGUGUUGAAGGGGGACUUCGAUGCUUGUGAAGAACUGAUAGAAAAAGCUGUGAAUGAUGGCUUGUUCAAUCAGUAUAUCAGUCAGCAAGAGUACAAACCUCGCUGGGGGCAGAUUAUCCCCAAAAGCACCAAAGGUGACGGGGAAGACAGUCGGCCAGGAAUGAGAGGGGGCCAUCAGAUGGUGAUAGAUGUGCAGACAGAAACUGUUUAUUUGUUUGGUGGCUGGGAUGGAACUCAGGAUCUGGCUGACUUCUGGGCAUAUAGUGUGAAGGAAAACCAGUGGACUUGUAUAUCCAGGGAUACCGAGAAAGAGAGCGGUCCCAGUGCCAGGUCCUGUCACAAGAUGUGCAUUGACAUCCAGCGGCGGCAGAUCUACACCCUGGGGCGGUACCUGGAUUCCUCCGUGAGGAACAGCAAGUCCCUGAAAAGCGACUUCUACCGCUACGACAUCGACACCAACACCUGGAUGCUGCUGAGCGAGGACACUGCAGCAGAUGGAGGCCCAAAGCUGGUGUUUGAUCAUCAGAUGUGCAUGGAUUCUGAGAAACACAUGAUCUACACCUUCGGAGGCCGAAUCCUGACCUGCAAUGGCAGUGUGGACGACAGCAGAGCCAGUGAGCCCCAGUUCAGUGGCUUGUUUGCUUUUGACUGUCAGUGCCAGACGUGGAAACUUCUGAGGGAGGAUUCCUGCAACGCCGGACCCGAGGAUAUCCAGUCCCGGAUAGGACACUGCAUGUUGUUCCAUUCUAAAAAUCGCUGUUUAUAUGUAUUUGGUGGCCAGAGAUCAAAGACUUACUUGAACGACUUCUUCAGUUACGAUGUGGACAGCGACCACGUGGACAUUAUCUCAGAUGGCACAAAGAAAGAUUCAGGGAUGGUUCCAAUGACAGGUUUCACUCAAAGGGCCACCAUUGAUCCUGAGCUGAAUGAAAUCCACGUCUUGUCAGGGCUCAGUAAAGACAAGGAGAAGCGGGAAGAGAACGUGAGGAAUUCUUUCUGGAUUUAUGACAUUGUGAGGAACAGCUGGUCUUGUGUCUAUAAGAAUGACCAAGCAGCAAAAGAGAAUCCAGGUAAAAGCCUUCAGGAAGAGGAGCCCUGCCCAAGGUUUGCCCAUCAGCUGGUGUACGAUGAGUUGCACAAGGUUCAUUACUUAUUUGGAGGGAAUCCUGGUAAAUCCUGCUCUCCAAAGAUGAGAUUAGAUGAUUUCUGGUCUCUGAAGCUCUGUCGACCUUCAAAGGAAUACCUGCUAAGACACUGCAAAUACCUCAUCAGAAAGCACAGGUUUGAAGAGAAAGCUCAGACUGACCCUCUUAGUGCACUGAAGUACCUGCAGAAUGAUUUAUAUGUAACCGUGGAUCACUCAGACCCUGAGGAGACAAAGGAGUUUCAGCUUCUUGCCUCAGCAUUAUUUAAGUCUGGCUCGGAUUUCACGACUCUCGGAUUUUCAGACGUUGACCACACGUAUGCCCAGAGAACUCAGCUGUUUGACACGUUAGUCAACUUCUUCCCAGACAACAUGACCCCUCCUAAAGGCAACCUGGUGGACCUCAUCACGCUGUAACGGAGCAAUCACUGGACACAUGGAAGAGGGGAAAAGCAUCCAUUUUCAGUAUUUUAAUUUUUUUACUGCAUUGAUUGACUGCUGGGAUGAAGUUAAUAUAGUGACCCCUAGGUGUUUGAAAGGGGUUUUAUACUUGUAUGGUGAAUCCCUGGAGCUUUUCCCUUGGAGUAGGUUAAUAAAAUGUAACUGACGUACUUCUGACUAAAUAUAUAUAUUUUUUCUGACUUUGGAUUUUGAGUUAGCAAAUGUAAGAUGAAAAGGUGGGGGAAAAAGAAGAAGAAAUAAUAAAACCCAGUCAUGCAGUGAUCUUUUUGCCUAUGGGGGAAAAUUUGAGAUUUGUGAGUUGUCUGGGAUUAAAGAUGAUGGGUUUUAUUUUGCAUUUCCUGAGGAAGAGGGGGAAGAGGGUUUUCUUUCCUCAUUUGUAACUAGUCAUGAUAUAUUGCUUUAUCCUACAACUUUAUUCUCAGCAGCUGAAUAACUUGUUGGCUGGACACUGGCAGGUGUUGAGAUGAUGUAAUUUAUGUCCUGAGUCUUGUACUCACGCUGUGUCGCGGGAAGGCGAGCGUGCGUUCCGAACCGUCUGUCUCCCCUUCCCAGAGUUGUGCUGAGAGUCAUGUCUAAUUGCUUCUGAGACUCCAACUAAACUGAUGACCUACAUCCCUGUCUCCUGUUCUCUGGAGCCUUCCACUUAAACCUGGCAGGCAAGAGGGAACCUGAGAUACAGCUGGAAAACAGGAGUGUGGUCACCGCCCACAUGGGCCCCUUUUCAGGGACUGAUCUCUUUGCUGCUGUGCUCAUCCACUGAGAAGCCCUGUGGGUCCUCAGACAGCCUGGCAGAACUGGGUCUUCCACCACACACAUCCCCAACCUCUGCAAACCUGACCCCAGUUUGGGUGUAGGAUUUCUGAAGCAGAUUCUCUUCGUUUCUGUGUGCAUUUGUCCAUGUGUACAUGUACAGGGUGCUGCUCCCAACAGCUUGUCUCCUUCCUGUGCAAGUGCAGCUCCCUUGUCAAUGCAUUUUAGACCUAGAUCUGAAUGUGAGGGAGGCCUUCCUAGCAUAAAUCUCUGAAAAUGAGCUGAUGCAUAUGUAUAGAAAAUGUAUUCUUCCUUUUGCUGAAAGCCUUCUUUAUAAACACUGUAAGGGCUUGGUGCUGCACUGUGAGGUUGAAUGAAGGACAUGCAUAGCCAGCAUUAGAAACUCUGCAUUCAGUGUCCGUCAGCAUUCAGUACACACUGGCAGAUGUAAAUAUUUAUAUGAAACUGCAAAACUUUCUGUCCAGCAGUGUUCAUGCCAGUCAGGUAUCGUUGCUGCACCCACUGUGGCUCCUGUUGAACUUGGUGGAAGUCCUGUGUGUGCAAAGAUGAUUUGGACUCUUGAAAUAAAGAGUUAGUCAAGUGUCUUUUUCAGAGCUCGAGUGUCUGCUUGCUUUGAUUGUAUUGCCUCUUUAUCAUGUUCUUUGUGUAACUUUUGUAGUCCUGGUGCAUUAGAAAUAAAUUUCAAAACCUCAUACUAGUGUUUAAUCACUUAGAAAGGAACAGUAUGUCAGAGGCCAGGCUUGUCUUCAGGGAGGACUGUACAAAUGAAGUGUUUUUAACCUGUCACUUGAGACUGUUCAGACACUGUGCACUUCAGUGGAUGGCAAAUCAGAUGUCUGCAGAAGAAUCCACUCGGUGUGGGAAAUGAAAUCUGAUGAAAUUGUUCCUUUGGAACGUGGCAGGUUUUUUUCCUGUUGACACAAAGUUUUACAUCACUGCUGGGCUUUGUGGUUUGCUACCUGUGCUGACUUUGUUAACUAACGUAGAGUUUAUGCAGUGCAAAUGUAGAUACUGGGGGAAUAUUCCAGCUGAGCUGUUGCUUCCAUUGAGAUUGAAAUGAGCACUUUUAAUGCAACCAGCCAGAAUUCUGCAACAUUUUAGUACUUAAAUUUAGUGCUGCUGUGCUCCUUUACCACUUAUCUCAUUGCUUGUGUAUCCUCAGCUUCAGUCAGAUGAUUAAAUACUCUUUAUGACAGUUCUCUAAUUAACCAAGCUCUUCAUAAACUGUUGUGUGUCCGCCUUGGAUGGCUGAAAGAACCCAAAAGGUACACCAGGAGAAGCCCUGGUGAGCAGGCAGGGGAAGUUCAGGAACGGCCAGAGCUGUGAGUGGCGUUGCUGGUGAGCAGUGCAUCGUGUCAGGUCUGAUUUGUGUGACAGGAAUUCGAUCCAAACUCGUUGUCCUCUGCGCCGGGGGUGCGCGCGGAGCCCGGCAGCCUCGGCUGUGUGUUCUGUAGCAUCGUGCAAAUCAAUGAUUCCUUUGAGCCAGGGGAACGUGGCUUCUGCAGGACUGACAGUCCCAGCUAACGAGAGCACUUCAGGAUGAUCAAAUAUUGACCUGCCUUUGUCCCGAGCGGAUCGAUGCCGCUCGCACCAGCACAGUUCAUGGAUUACAGCUGGUGAUUAACCAGCAGAAACUUCCCUCAGCUCUGUGGUAUUUGUUGUGCAGCAGAGGCACCGUGUGGCCAGAGAGGUUAAUCCAAAGGGAAGGCUUCUUGUGGCUUUGCCAAGGAUCUUUCCUUCUUUUUGUCCUUAAAGCUAGGAGUCAAAUGAUCUCUUUGCAUUGAUGUAUGCUACAUUACCUGCUUUAAAUUCUAACCAAAAGUUCUGAGCAGUGAAGUAUAAAUUUCCUUUUAAAAUCAGCCACUUGUUGUCAGGCAGUGAAACAAGUAGUCUGAAUUUCAUUGCAUGCUGAUCUUUAAAGACACUGAUGAUAUUCCAGGGAAGCAUCUGAUGUGCUCAUUACAGAAAACCUAAAAUACAAACAGUAAAGAAACCCACUGGAUCAGAAAACAGCCACCUGAAAACGUUUCACAGCCCAGUGCAUGCGAGGUUAUAAAUAUCCAAGCUGUGCGUGAGAAGUCUUCAAACCUCACCAUCAUUGCUUGUAGGCUGUGUCUGAGGCUGCUUUUUAGCUUAGACAAGACAAACAUACUCUAUUUGCCUUUACUUUAGAUUAUAAGGUGACUUCGUGUAUGAACUUGACACCACAUAAUCUUUGCACUACAGUCAGUAGUUCUAUCUGUAAAUUCUGUGUUAACCUGUAAAUAAGGUAUUGCAAAGGAAAGCAUCGUUCCUUGUCAGAGAGGGACUCAUUAUCAUGUUUUGGGUCUUUAAAGCCAAAGUUACAAGGUUCUGGUAUGUCUUUUAAAGCUAGAGGAAGUCAGGGUGGGGUAAACUUGACACAGACAUCCAGACUUCACUCUUGAUUUAGCUUUUUACAAAAUAUCCUUUGAAAUCCCUAUGUUUGAUUCUUCACUGACUCUGACCCUUAAAAUACCCUUUAGUGGAUCAUCUCCUUGGAAAAUGAAAUUAUUCUUUAUGUUUUUCCUAUCAAGUGAUGCAUUUUCUUCGAGAAAUAGAGCCCUUCAGAAUUAAUUUCUUUGGUCACUUGGAUUAGGUAGAAUUAAGUGAGUUUGUUAAUGUUCGUCUUACACAACCCCUCAUAGUAGGCAUGAGGUAGAACUUGUUAAGAGUUCUCCCAAAAUUACUUCUCCAAGCAUGUUCUGCUCUUGCAGUGUGACCCAAAAUGUUGUCAUGUGGCAGAAGGACUUUGUUACAUGUUGUUAAAUGAGAUUGUAACCACUUUAGCCACCUUUUUGCCUCUUUUCUUUUGAGGAUCCCAUUAGUUAGUAUUGGUCCUGGGAAGGCCUCAAGGGUGAUGCAAAAUGUUCAUUGAAAUUAAUUGUAGUUGUUAUCUUCUGACUCUUUAUAUUUGUGAUGUGUUUAUUCUUAUAAUCUCUUCCUUUUGCUGAGCAUAAUGAGGAAGGAGAACUUUGUCUUGGAAAAGUUCAGUUUGCCUUUUCCCUGGGUGGCAUCUUGCAUGGGUAGUUAAGGUGGUUGUACCCAGUUGUGUAAAUAAAUCUCUGGAAUUUGGAUUUUGUUUGCCUGGGCACCUGGCUCUGGGUGUACACGCUGGCUCAGGGAUCAUGCUGGAGCUUCCUACCAGAACUUCUGUUAGCAGAGUUUUAUUUUGGAAAAUCAGUCUGGGAACGCUCAGUAGGAAAAGCUUUUCUAAGGCAUUGUCUUGUGUAGUGGCAACUGGAGUGAAAUUAGAAAUUUUCCUAAAGAGCAUAGAAAAGCUUCCCUUUGUGGAGUAACAAAGUUAAAUGAAAUAGCUGAAACAUUUUGGUCAUUGAUUAUAAUUACCCAGCCUGAAAAUGGAAUGAUUAAUGAUUACAGUUUAAAGAUUGAGGAGGCAGUAAUCAAAUUAACUGGACCCACCUAUUUGCAGGAGGGUGGCAGAGAUGUAAGGCUGGUGGGCAGGGAUUGCCAUGGCUCAUCUGUGUGUUUCUUUAAUUGGCAGCCACAAGUGUCCAGGGCUCCGUGAGCUAUUCCUUCUUCCAGAAGAAACUCCUUCCAAAGCCGAGUAAUGACUCUGGAAGAGUGUUUUCCACAGGGCUUUGUGGAACAGCUGUUGGCAGAACCAUUUCCCUGAUGUGUGCAGAUUUUUUGAAGGGAGUUUUCUCUGUCCCAGAGUUUUGUGCUGACCUGGCCGUGCUGUGCCAGCCUGUGCUGGUGAGUGAUGGGUUCAGAGCAGAGUCCUGAGGAAUGCUUCAAACUUGUUUGCUGCUCUUACUGUGAGGAAGAUGAGCAUUAAUGCUGCUUGUGUCAAAUGCAGGAGGGUGUUAGGUACCUGCAACACAAAUACUAUCAGCUCUCUUGCUGCCUCCUGCAUUUCAGAAUCAAGAAAUAAAUACUUUUGUAGAGCUUAUUGAGUGAACUUUAAGUUUGAAUGACUUGUGUACAACCUCCAUCUCUGUACAGGCAGUCAUUCUGCUGAUGUAAUGCUGUGCCACUUCUGGGGAAAAUGGCAAAAAUUGGUAGAUACGUUUCCAUUUGGUCCCUUUGUUUUUAAAAGUGGAAAAAUGUCUUGUGAAACUUUGACGUCCCCGUGUAUGCUUUGAAUUUUAGCUUAUUAGUUGGCUCAGAGUUAAGGAAUGUUUGGCUAUUGUCAAGUGAUGUCCUGCUAGUAAAAGCAGUUCAUGUAUGUCUCUGGAAGUGCGUGUGUUGUUUUAUAGCUGUAUUUAUUUCAGAAACAGAGGUGGGCCCAGUUGAAAAAUUAAAAUUAUUGGUGUUUUCAUUUAGGGGGAAGAUUAUAGAAACUCUGAGCUUGGCCUAUUUUAAUAAGUACAUGUGUUAAUUUGCAGAUGGGUCUUAUUUUGUGAGAGGAGAAUUUAAGAACAGCUAUAUGACUUGUUCUUGCUAUAGAUUGCUAGUGGUAUAUAAGCUGUAAAUAUUGUUGAAAUGUAAAUGUGCUGUCAGAAGCUUGUUAGUGUAUCUAAAUGCCUGUGGGAAUGGGAGACCCAAUCAUAUCCUGUCAUGGAAAAGGUUAUUUUGGAGAUUAUUCAAGUUGUGGUAAUGACUUAGGCAAAAUCCCUCUUUUACUGAAAGUUUCUAGUAUAAUGAAAAGUUGGAGUGGAGAAUGUAGGUUAAUUGUACUGUACUGGAACCAGGAUAAGAGUCCAUGGCUCAGCACUUGGAUAAAUUGACUCCAGAUGUUUUUGUCCAUAGGCGAUGGAUCCAAACACGAUUUUGGAGUGGAAGCCAGUUAAUGACCUGCUUAUUGCUGCUGGAGAGUCCUACAGGAGAGCCUCAUGGGGAUGCCAGCAGGAAUCCCUUUGGCAUUCAGGGCAGAGGUCACAGAGCUGGCUGGAGUUUGGGAUUGUCCAUGUGUGCUUUGGUUGUAUCCUAAACCUCUGAGGAGGGUUUGUGGGCUGUGUCUAAUUCCAGCUGUGUGGGUUGUGUGUAAUUCCAGCUGUGUGGCUGAGGUGUGGAGCUCUGCAGAGCAGCACCUUCCCCAAGCACAGAUUCUGAGGAUAACACAUUGCUGCUGUCUGCUUUGCUUUCAUGGGCUUGGUUUGAUAAGGGUGAACUCCAGAUAUUGCUGUGACCCAAAUUCAGCACUCUGCUUCCAGUGGAGCUGCUGUCAGUGCAUCACCUUGGUACCCUGAAAUCUUAAUUUAUACUUGGUGCAGACACAGCUCCACGUUGCCUUGGCUUCCAGCUGUUUGCUGUAAGUCAGCACAGCUUUUACUGAUGACCUGGAGAGUGUGAGGGCUGUCAGAACUCACUCCAGCUCCAGUGUGGAAUCACAGUUCAUUCCUGGAAACAGGGAUGUGAGUGAACAGCUUAAAACUGGCUCUGGCAGGUUGGAUUUUUGGGUUUGCUACUAAUUUUGAAAGGAAAGUCUUAUCACUAGCAGGUGUGAUGGUUAAAGCAUGACCCCUUGGUUAUUCCCCCAUUUAUUCUGAAUUUUCUUUCUCUGUGUGGCUAUUCAUUCCUAUUAAAAUGCUUCAGACUUCCCUGAGUUUAAUGGGUACCUAUGGAGGAAUUAAAGGUUACAGCUGUGUAGUGGGUAUUGAGGCAUCAGUUUCUCCACAUCAUACUCCAUUUGUUUCCUUUGCAAAACUCCUGCUACCUCUGGAAGAGUCAGGAAGGAUCCUUGUGAUUUAUAUUGUUCUUUCCAGGGCUGUUUCUCAUCCUGAGUGAGGACAGGGAAGCCUGGAAGAUGAUUUCCCACUGCAGCACACACUUAGUUACUUGUGCCCUUCCAUGGCCUCACAUUCACUGCUGUGAUGCUCCUUCCCUCCCAUCUCAGGGUUUAUCUUGUGUGGUCCCAAGAAGAAAAAGGUGAUGUUAAGUUGUCCUUAAGUUGUCCUAUGUUCCUUUACCUGCUCUACUCAUCCCAAAACUUUCAUGGGUGUUUGGUUUAUUUCUGCAGCGUAGCAGGGCAGAGGGAAAUGAGAAGAGAAAUAAUCUUGGGGUUAAUACAGGGGUGCUGAUGUGAGUAGGUGUGUAAGGUGUGGUCUGUCUUUGUGGAAGGGCUUUGAAAGACUUUCCUAGCAGUAGCUUUGCUAUUUAGAGCUGAUUUUAUAAUGUGAGCUGGAUCUCUGGCUCUUUUUCAGAGAGAAGUGAUGCAAUAUCAGGAACUUCUAGUCCUGGAGCUUCACCUGAAGCUUCUGCCCCUUUCCACCCCAGACACCAGAGAGAAUAAUACAAAUUCUAUUCUCUCCACAGCAGUUGUGAGGAAGCCAGUUGUGCUUAACCCUGCUCAAACAGACCUGAGGUGGUGCAGCCCCAUUGGCUUUUGGAUCAGGUCUGAAUGCCCUAAGGGAUUGUUAAAACCUAAAAAUGUUUUGAGUUUUCUGAUGAAAUCUGCCAGUUCGAUUAAAGGAAAUCAGGUGCUUUUUAAUUAAUAUGAUGGUGGGGAGGCUAGACCAUAACAGUGGCUCUAGUGGUUGCAGUUAUCUCCACAUCCCAAAUAGCAAUGGAUAGGUUUUACUCCCCAGUGAUAGGAAAAUAUACUUUAAAUAUCCUGACUUAGUAACCAAGGGAUUCAAUCAAUUACUCAGUGUUUCACUAAAUAGAGAAGUGCUGCGGUGUGUGAAUAGGGUCUGUUCAUUAAAAAAGCCACUUCAAGGCUGAAAAGUGAUUUUUUUUGUUUUUGAGGUUUUGACAAAAACUCAGCUCUUAAAAGGGGAAAAUGGAGGAGAACUACUGUGCUGCUGACUUGUUUUCCCCUCCUGUCUGCUGUGGUCAUCGGGAAUGCAAACUAGCAGUGGAGGGUGAAUAUUGCCUUCAUCUCUCCCUCCUCAUUCCUGUCCCGCCUGUUGAUGUUUUGAUGUGCAAAACACUCUUCACUUCAGAAGCUGCUGUGCAGGGUAGUGGAAAGGAAAACAAACCCCUCGUUAUUAGUAGCUGUUGCCAUUUGCUAAAGCUGUAUUUUCUGCUGCCUUCCAGCACUCCCUCCUCCACAGCAGGAAAUGAGGGGGUGCUGGGGAGACCAUGAGCCAGAAAAAAAGGCUUAAUUACACAAACAAAUGUGUUCAUGGGAGUCUUGCAAGUUGGAGGCCCCGAACCACGCAGACCACUUUGCCGAGGGACAGAAAUUGAAAGUCUGUGGGCUCAUUCCCAGUUAAUUGGAGGUGACAUUCCCGUCCUUGUGGGCUGGUGGUGUUGUACAUGUCGUGCAUUCAGAUGCUGAGGUGCAGCGUGUCUCAUUUUGGGAGUAUUGAGCCUCGUUAAAUGUUUGCCCUUUGAAACUGCUGCAGUUGCCCCUCUUAGGGGAGUUGGUGGCGUGGACAGGACCUUGGUGGCUUGGGGUCAAACACCAGUGAGCUGGCUGGGCACCAUCACCUGAUUGGGGUGGGGUUUUGAGCUGUUUGUUGAGCUGUUGCCUCUGCUCUGAUGGUAUCACUGUAGUGUGUGAUGGUUUGUUUGUCUGGACCUUCAGUGUUCAUUAUCUUGUCUUCUACACCGCAGUGUGGUCUCCAAAAGCUGGUUUUCCUUUCUUAGUGCUGGACGUGUGAGUGUCCACCCCCUGUCCACAGUUUGGCCUCUCUGUUCUGUUUUGGCACUCAGCUUGAAUCGUUUGCACCUCCCCAGCAAUCCUGCAGGCUCUGGUGUCCGUCUGGAUUCCCUUUGGUGUCUGUCCUGCAGUUGUUGUCUGGGACACCUGAGCACAGGAGAGCUGAGCUGAGAGGUGUGGACAGCCCUGGGCUGGAAAGAAGCAUCUGUGGGGUGAUGAAAGCUGUGAACUGCUCAUGUGUUUUAUUAGGCAGGUCAGAUAUUGACUGCUCCUGUGCUGAGCCCAUGGUGGUUACAGGCAUCUUCCCUGGACUCUGGUGAUUCCCCUUCCCACCCUUUUCUUUACGGAUGAUCUUUGUUCAGCCUGGAGUGUUAAUUUUCUUCCUUGGCAUAAAUCAUCUUUGAUGAUUUCUGGGUUGGUGUGUGAGCCCCAUGCUGUACAUAAAUGAAUGAGUGACACGAGGAAUAUCUACAAAUGUAGUUAUGUUGUAUGUAAUGUACAUAAGGAGAGAAUGUAUUUUGUUCAUUUUUUUCUUAAUAAAAAUGUAUAUGCUA